CGGGCAACGAUAGUUGAUAUGGCGGGCUAGCUGAAGACUCACGUUACGAUGGAAAAGAAAGUGAGUAAACUGUCAUAUCGGCAAAAACUUAAAGAACAAAAUCCGGAAAAAUAUAGAGAGUACUUAAAUCAGCAAAAACGAAGGAGUAAAAAUUAUAGAGCAGAACUUAGUAAAUCGCAGACUCCCAGUCAGAAAGAAAAGUUAGAUAAAUAUAAGGAAGAUGCAAGAUUACGGCAACAGAAAUUCAGAAAAAGUAAAAAGGAAUCAAAUAAUGAACCUACUCCUGUGAGAGAAAAAACAGAGAAGAAACCUAAAACAUGGAAAGAGGUUAAAGUCCAGCGAGAGAAAUGGGCACAUGCGAAACAAAAGUGGCGAGCAAAACUCUCUAAUACACAUAAGCGAUGGCUAAGGGAAAAGGAUAAACAAGCUAAGAUGAAAAAAAAGAAUCCAACUGGUGAGAAUUCCUUACAGAAAGCACUGUCAGUGUAUGGAUGUAAGAACACGUUAUUCAACAAUGCUUCUUCUGCUAAAAAGGUUCUGCCAAAAUCACCAACCAAAUUUGCUACAGUAAUAGAGCAUAUAGCAACACCUACCCCAAAAAAAGCCUUAUAUAGGCAAUUUCAUGCACAGCAUCUUCCGCAGAAACAAAAAAAGUACCCUGCUCAGGAAAAAAAUACCAUUGGCAGCAUCUCUUACGGCAUACGGCUUUCAUCAAAGCUUAAGAAAAGAAGUAUUAAUAUUUCCAAAGUGAAAUAUCUUUCUCAAACUAUCCAACGAUAUGUAGCCGAAUUCUACCUGGCAACAAGCAGACCACUUCCAAAUAAAAGAUAUGCAACAAAAUUUGGACCUGCCUAUUUAAUGCAGCUUACUUUGAAGUCUGCAUACAGACAAUUCCUAGCAGAGCAUCCAAAUAUGAACAUUGGGUUUACGAAAUUUACCCUCCUUCGUCCAAAAAAUGUAAGGCUUCUGAACAAAUCUCACCGGCAAUUCUGCGUCUGUGUCAGCUGCCAAAAUGUGAAAUUCAAAAUCACAGCACUCAAUGCUUUUGCAUGGAAGGUUUCUGUUCCCGAAGCAAAAAUAGAAAAUGAAAUAUCUGGCUUUAUGGACAUAGUUCUUUGUGCGAAAUCAGACACCUCUCGAUUCCAUGCAAUAAGUUGCAUUUAUAAGCAAUGUAAUGCUUGUGGGGAAUUCGGACAGACAAUCCGUGAGCAUUACAAGCGCCUAUUUGAACUGGAGUCACAUCAGAAAGUUGUUUGGCAUCAUUGGAAGCGAACAGAAGAGGGAGGAAUUGUCCGAAAGCGUCUUACGACAAAGAAAGGUAGUCUUAACCAAGCAGUACAGGAACUGGUAAAAGAUUUUGAGAACCCCGCUAACGGAGCCUCUUUCCCAAAACAUCAUUUUGAGGCAGAAUGGCAACAGAUGCAAUUCACCAGGUUGAAGAAAAAUGUUCCACCUAAAUCAGCGUUAAUGGUUGUCAACUGGAAAAAUCGGACAAUUCAGCAUCAAGACCAAGCCAAAUCUGAUUUCUUCUCGGCAAAACAAGUAACUGUGCAUCCUGUAGUGAUGUUUUACCAGUCUCCCUCAGUUCCCGGUUUAAUAGUGCGAGACACAAUGAUUUUUGUGUCUGAUGAUCUGAAGCAGGAUUAUUUUGCUGUUCAGCAUUAUUUUCAAAAGGCGGAAAGUUACCUGAGAGAACAUAUUCCUGUCAUGAAAGUGUUUGUUUUUUCAGACGGUUGUGCUUCCCAAUACAAAGGUAAAGAAUCCAUGGCUUCAUUGUCACUUCUAGAAACAGAUAUUGACUGGAAUUAUUUUGGAUCAGAUCAUGGAAAGAGUGAGGCAGAUGGCGAGCUAGGGUCACUAAAUAGAGCAGUGAACAAAGCUAUUUUAGGGAGACAGGUGAUAGUUUCGGGAGCAGAAGACCUUCAAAAAUGGUGUAACUCAAAAGACAACUUAAGGAUUGAUGAACCAGGUGUGAAGAGGCAUUUUCACCUAGUAGAUAUUGAUGAAGUCAACAGAAGUUGGGAUGAAACAUGUGUGCAGACAAUGAAAGGAAUAAGAAAUGUUCAUCAAGUUAGAAAUACCAAGCAAACAUAUGAAUUGAAAACACGUCACCUGUCAUGUUUCUGUCUAAAAUGCCAGACGAACACAGGAAAAUGCAUAAAUUCUGAAGUCGUUGGAGAAUAUACUCACCAAGUACUUGUCAAGAGUAACGCAGGCACAAAGAAAUUGGUAAAAGUAAAAGCUAGUGUUGAUACUGAUUCAAAAAAAGUUGGAGCUAACAAGCAUUUGGAUAUAAAUGAAAUAAAAGUUGAAGCGCAGUAAAAAUAUGUCAAAUAUAGUUCUGUUUUGUCCUGUUCAUACCAAGAUGUGGAUAAACUGUGAAACACUUUGGUAGACAGAUAUUACUAUCUCACUUUUUUUAUAUCUUCCACAUUUUCAAAUAAGUCAAACCCUGUUGGCUUGAACUCUCGGGGACCGGCCAAAACUAAUUCAAGCUUGGGGAAAUUGGAGCCAAGCCUGACUGCUAACAUUCAGUGAAAAGAAAUCAAGCCUUUACAUCCAGUUGGAGCCGAUGAGGACAUUGAGCGAAGCCAGUUUGUGCUAACGACUGUAAUAUUUGUUUAUCUUAUUAAUAUAAAGAGGUCAUCUGCAGUUUCUUAAUUAUAUAUUUAUUUUAAGAAGCCAGAAAUUUGUUUCCAUUUGUUAACAGUAACCAUUUGAAGUUGAAACCUAUACACACAUGUUAUUCACAGGGGACAGAAAAAGCACUAUUAUAUUUUCCAAGCCUAUAUAUACUGUAUACACAGAUAUAUUUCCUGCCAAUUUCUACCAUCAAUAUUCAUUAUUUUUGUAGCAGUAUGUGACAGAACAGGAAUCUUGUUUGUUAAAUUCAUAUAUUUCAAUUGAAUUUGUGAAAUUAAUUUAUUUACUUAAUUUUCUCAUUUUUCCCCAAGUUACACUUGUAUCACUUACAAAUGGAAUUUCUGUUUCGUCUCUGACCAUUUUUGUAGUUUUAUUAUUAAUUAUUAAUUGCUCUCAAAAUAAGUCUUAUAAUUCUAGAAACAUAUAUGUAUACAUGUACCUUACACAAGCGGCAAGACCAUAAGAUAAAACCAAAAGUUUGGUACAAGUUUAUU